AUGAGCUUGAAAGAAGUAUUCGAACAACAUCCAUGGAGGUCAUUUAAGAAGUUCAAUGAAGCUGCAAAGAGUUGGGGAUUUACUAACAGAGCUGAAGUGAAAAAGUUCUUUAACAAAAAUGUUGUACAUCAAACAAAAAUAAAUCCUUACGACUACUUUUUACCAAUUUACUCCAACACUCCUGACGCAUACCAAUUUGACACUCUCAUUCAAAGCAGAAAAGGAGGACAUAAACCAUUCCUCAUCUUCAUUAAUGUUAACACUCGUAAAGCAUAUGCAUAUCCAAUGAGGAACAAAGGAACUCGUGAAGUGUUAAGAGUUUUACAAAAGUUUGUAGCAGAACAUAACCCAAGUACUUUAACAUCAGACCAGGAUUCAGCAUACCUCAGCAAUGAAAUCACAGAAUUUCUCAUUAAGCAUAACAUAACUCACUACACUACUGAAGACCAUAACCAUAACAUACUCGGCAUCAUAAACCGCUUCAUAAGGACUCUCAGAGAUUUAAAUCAAGAGCGAGACUUUACCGAAGAAACAAUGAAACAUUUUCUCGAAGUAUAUAAUUCCUCAACACAUUCUACAACAGGACAUACACCAAAUUCAAUGACACAACAACAAGAAGAAAAGUAUAUACAAAAGAAACGAAGCCAAACACAAAAUAUCAGAAAUUCAACACAAUUUACCCUCAUUCCUGGUACAAAAGUUCGUGUAGUUCUUGACGACAAACCGUUGACAAAGAAACGUUUAAGGUUAAGUCGAAAUUAUUAUAUCGUAGACUCUACGCAAGGUAAUGGAUAUCUUAUAAAAGCUGCUGACGACUCCAUAGCGUUUUACCCUCGUCAUAAAUUAGUCGAAAGUAGU